AUGAACGGGCAUCUCGGGCUCGGCCACCCGGGCCUGUCUUCCUCCCCGUACCUGUCCUUCGCCGCGCCAAAAUCCCCAUUUUCGACAAACGCACCCAGGCGAGCGGGGCUGGGGUGUCCAGGAACCGGCGGCGACGCGGGUACACAAACGGCAGUCGUCGACGGAGCAACGGACCGGCAACUCGGUCCCCGAGCAGGCCUUAAGUCCGUUUCCGCCUCCGACUUGUCCCGCUCCGCCCCCCCUCAUCCAGCAAACUCGUCAUCAGCACCCUCUCCCACGACCUCCAAGGUCCCCAAACCGCCCAACAAGCGCCGAUAUCUCUCGCUUGGCGGGGCUUAUCUGGGUCUUGGCGCGUCUCAGUUCUGA